UUGAUGGAAAACUACACCUACAACAGCCCCACAUUACAGCUGGAGGGGUUAUAUGUCUCAAAGGAUUCUACAUACCCUGUGUUUCUCUUUCUCUUUUUCUCCUACCUGUUUAUAAUUGUUGCAAAUGCCGGCAUUGCUUUUAUUGUUUUUGUCGACAAAACCCUUCACCAGCCCAUGUAUCUCCUUUUCUGGAACCUGUCAAUCAAUGAUAUCCUUGGAAACUCUGUCAUAGUGCCCCGUUUACUUUUAAACAUGUUUCGGCUUCCCUCUGAACGCAUCAUCAGUUAUUAUGAGUGUGUGGUCCAAGCUUUCAUCACACAUAUGUUCAGUACCACUUCUCACACCGUGCUCAUGAUUAUGGCCUUUGACAGAUAUGUGGCCAUCUGCAGUCCCUUACACUAUGCUACCAUAAUGACCAACAAAAUGUUGAUCAAGCUGACAGUUUCUGCCUGGGGAGUGGCCUUUGUUUUGGUUGGGAUUCUGCUCGGUCUGACCAUACGGCUGAACCGAUGCAGGACUCUGAUGAGGAGCCUUUAUUGUGAUAAUGCUGCAUUGUUUAAACUCUCCUGUGAAAGUGUAUUCAUUAAUAAUGUCUAUGGCCUCACUUUCACUGUAGUCCUGCUUACAUGCUCUAUAGGCAGCAUGGUUCUCACCUAUACUAAGAUUACAGUAGUCUGUCUAACUAGUAAGAACAAGUCUUUGAACAGUAAAGCUCUGAAAACCUGUAGCACUCAUCUGGUUGUGUAUCUGAUUUUGCUGCUCAGUGGAAUGUCUAUCAUUACUCUGCAUCGCUUUCCCCAGUUGUCAGACACCAGAAAAUUUGUUGCCAUUUUGUAUCAUAUCAUCCCCAGCAGCCUCAACCCCAUUAUUUAUGGCAUGCAGUCCAAAGAGAUACGAAGAUUUUUGUCAAAGUUGUUUGAUUCCAAGAAGGUUUUGCCAUAAUUUUAAGGAGAAUAUUCUAUGUUUAUUUGUACAUUCAUCAACACAACAUAAAAUGUGAUCCAAGAGUAGCCUUAUGUAUUCCAUGUUCUUGAGAAUGUCCCAUGUACGCAGGUGUAAUAUUGAGGGAAGGGGUAAGAUAAUUUGCCUGCAACUUAAAGUAAAACAUGCAUAUAUUUGUCACUUUAAAUUAUGUAAUUUCUUAUCUGGAAACACACAUGGUAGUUAAUGUGUAAAAACUACAAAUCAGCCUUCUGAAAUGCAUAUCCACUUAUUUCUACUUACUGUUAGUUUAUGGUUAUGUUGUGAUGUGUUAACCACCAUUAAAUUGAUGCCAAUACCAAUAUCGAUAUUAGUGAGUUAAAGUUGGAGUGUGGGACUUUUAUCUCCCCCUCCUGGCAGUGCGUGAAAUUAUAAGUUAUGGGUAUGUUGUGAUGUGGUGACAGCCAUUAAAAAUUAAAAAGUGCCCUAUUGACAACUGUGAUGAAGACAAAACUAUUGAACAUUUACUUUUAAAAUGACAGAGGUCUAGAGAUAUGUGGGGGGAAAUGGCAGGUGUUUAAUAUUACUGUGAAUUAUAAUGCAGUGAUUUAUGGUAUCUUUCUAGAAAAGAUGCCCAGAUUGCACCAUAAAUUCUACUGAACAAUAAUAUGUACUGUUGUAACAAAACAAAACAAAACAACAAAACUAACAUUGUAAGAUUAUGUUUUAUAUUUUGGUUAACACUAUUAUUCACGGAUGUAAUAUUGU